AUGUCGAGUUCCAUUUCAAAUGUAGAUAGUUCUUCAAUGUUGAGUUCAACUUUAAACACACAUACUAAUUCAACAAAUGACUCGACAAGUUCUCCGACUAGUUACGUUAGUCUAUUAGAUUCAUGUGAAACUCCAGAGGGUCGUAUUUUAUCUUUUCCUCAACGUACAACCCUUAAUUUAAGUCGAACAUUAACUACAUUACGUCAAUGGAGUUCAAAAACAUUAAAAUAUACUCGACAAUUAUUUCAAGAACGACUAGGACAUGUUGUUCCUACACAAGAUAUUGAACUUGAACAAAAUAUUCAACUUCUUCGUGAAACGAAACGUCAUUAUGAGAAUAUAUUAAAUGAAGCUCGUCAAAUGAGCAUUUAUUUUUCUGGUCUUCUUCAAACACAACGUUCUCUUGGUGAAUCUUUCAGUGAACUACAACGAAUAUCUGGAUCAUCAGAUGAUCUUAUAGAUCAACUUGUACGAAAUAGUCAAUGUCAAAAAACAUUAGCACUCAAUGGUGAUACACUUUUACAUGCAAUAAAUAUAUUUAUUGAUAAAUUGCAAACAUUAACGAAUAAAACAAUUGAAGAUACAUUAGCUACAAUAAAAACAUAUGAAAAUGCAAGAAUUGAAUAUGAUGCAUAUCGAUAUGAUUAUGAAGCAUUAUUAGCUCGAAAUAAAUCAGGAGAACAAAUAUCUUCUACAGAUGAAUAUAUUCAACAACAAUAUCAACAUUUUAAACAAUGUUAUGAAAAAUGCAAAGAUAAUGUUAUUAUUAAAUUAAAAUUACUUGAUGAAAAUCGAAUUCAAGUAAUGAAACAACAAUUAAUAUUAUUUCAUAAUGCAAUUGGUGCUUAUUUUUCAGUAAAUCGACAACAACUUAAUCUCUAA